GUGACAGGCAAGGACACAAGAACUCAAGCACGCGGUGUGCCAUGCAGAAGAGGCAGCAAUUUUUUGCCCGACUUCGAGCCAUGACGGGCAAAAUUGCAGCCUCCAGCGUGGCUGCAGCAAUUGUCGUUUGGGGGAUGCGGCGGCUCUUGCGCAAAAAGAGGUUUGCUAAGGCCGUCAGCUGCCAAAACUUCAUCUCAAAUGUUUCCGACAUUGGUGUCAGCGUUAAGAACGUGCUGGUGAACACAAUGACCUCCUUUGUAGGGACGCCGGCUAGCAAUGAGACCCGCUCUUCUGGCAUAGAUGAGUCAUUUGAACCUCGUGCAGAGGAGUCAGAACUGCCAUUGGCGAUACAGUCGAAGGUGCUGAGACAUAUCUCCUUUCAUGAUGUGUACGACAUCGGAAAGGAGGGCAAAGAAGAGGUGCUUGGCACUGGAAUGCACGGCGCUGUGCUUGUUGCCAAGCAUCGGAAGAGCGGACGUCGAGUUGCAGCAAAAUGCCUUGAAGAACCUGACACCAAUACCCUGCCAGAGGAGGUCACGCUGUACCUGCGCUUGUCACAUCCAAACGUGUGCCGGUUGCUUCAGGCCUUCGUGGAAAAGAACGGCGAGAUUUGGAUAUGUAUGGAGCUUUGCGCAGGAGGAGAGUUGUUCGAGUUGGCUGCUGGAACUUCCUCAGUGAAGCGUGAGGGUGCCAGCAUGUUGGACACGGAGGCACGCAUCGCAGUGCUCGUAAAGCAGAUGGCCGCGGCCAUUCGCUAUAUCCAUAGCAUGGGCAUGGUGCAUCGUGACAUCAAGCUUGAAAACUGGGUCUUUGCUUCGCCCCAACAGGAGCGGCUCAAGCUCAUUGACUUUGGAUUAGCCACCCAAAUUGUGACAGAAGGCCGAGCCAAAAAGUUGAUGCAAAUGUGUGGCACUUGCUACUACGUUGCUCCAGAGAUCAUCGGCCUGAAGGAUGGAGCCAUUUGCAAAGGCGAUGGCUAUGGUCAAGAAGUGGAUGUGUGGGCGCUAGGGGUUUUGAUCUACAUGCUGGUGAGUGGCAUGCCGCCCUUCAAUGGCAAGAACCAUGCAGACGUGAUUUGGAAUAUUGCCAACUUCAAGUACUGUGAUGACCCUUUGGCUGAACACUUUGAGGGCCGUCGAUGGGAGAACGUCUCUCCGCAAUGCAAGGAUUUGAUCCGAAGAUGCAUGGAGAGAGAGCCAGAGAAGCGGCUGACUGCUGCUGGUGUUCAGAUGCACCCCUGGCUUUGUCAGGUGGCUUCAGGCCAAAUGCCACUCAUGGCGCUGGCGCCUGUGUUGAAGGACUUGUGCUUUGCCGGAACCCGAAUGUCUAAGUGCACCGCCUUGGCGCACAUAUGUGGCUCACUGGCGUCGACCAUUUAUCUAUCUCCUGAGACGUGGACCUUGUACAAGGAUUAUUUCAUGGCCUUAGAGUGCUUGGAGACUCUUGCGCCUAAGGGUGCACUCUCAAUAAGCAAGCUGGUUGCUGCAUUCGAGGAGGUCGUUGCUCAGCCGGAGAAAGAGAAGUCAAACGGAUCAGAGCUUGCCCAUGUGGACUCCUUCCGGUCCAUCGCGGCCCUGGAUCGAACCGGUGAUGGACGCCUUCAUUUCUUCGAAUUUCUCGGUGCGAUGAUCGGCGCUGGGCGGAUCCAGAUUCACGAAGCGGAUGUCGCUGAUGUUUUUGCCGCUUUUGAUGUAGACCGGGACGGCAUCAUUUCGGAGAAAGAUAUGACGAGCAUCAUGAAGGACCAAGAGGCCCAAGUGCUGAAUCGAACCACAAGUUCUGAGAAUUUGGCCUUCCCCAUUGAAGAUCGCACCACCCUCUUGGAGGCCUUGAACAGGAAGCCAUGCUGGGCCUCGGAGCUGCCAAUGCCACCGGCGGUGGUGCCACCGAAGCCAGUGGAGGCUGCACCGAACCCACCACAAAUGCAGAAGCUGCUGAGCAAGGCCAAGCUACAGAUGGAGUGGCAGGUCCAGCGCCAGGUCGCUUACAGGGAUGUGCGCUCCGCUGUCAAGCUGAAGAGCCUGAACCGUGGAUAUCGGACGCCUGAUCCUUCGCCCACACGAAAUGCGGAGAAGGAGGAAGACCAAACAUCUGGAGCUGGCUUAGAUGCUUGGCGUAUGGCUGCCAGAAAUCCUGAAUUUCACGAGCCCUAGACCAGAUUCUUCAAUCGGUGUGGAGGCUAGCUGCUAAGUCAACUGAGAUCAUGUCAUUUGGGCAAGUUGUUGUCGCGAUUGUGCAAGUUUUGUGCCACUUGGGUUGCUUGUUGGGUGUCGUGAUGGGAUGUGGGAGGAAUGACGAACAAUUACUAUAAUGUCCUUGCUGAAAACUGCUAGCAUUCAAGUGGCACCUGUGCCUUCCUUGUGACUGUUCAGCUGUCCCACAUUCAUCAUGUUGCUUUUGUGCCGAGGGCUCGCCGAGACACAGAAUCAGCAAGGCAGCGCAAAGCAUGGUUCAACUAUCAGAUCUUGACUGGAGGAAAAGAUCUGAGGCUGAACCCUCGAAGCGCCCGAAUUAGCAGUAGCUGACAUCCCCUGACCCAGUGCCAAAGGACGCAUAACGUGCUGUUCAGAGUGAC